AUGGCAACCCUCGAUCUGGAAGAUGCCUAUCUGUUAGUCCCAGUUUUUGAGGGACAUAGAAAGUUUCUUCGUUUCCAAUGGCGUAAUAAGACCUUUGAAUUCACGGAUCUGCCUUUUGGCCUGUCCACAGCGCCUUACAUAUUCACGAAGAUUCUUAGGCCUGUAUUUGCCCAUCUCCGUAUAAGAGCCUACCAAUCAGUAAUUUAUUUAGACGAUUUCCUCCUUUUAGGCUCGUCCAGCGAAGAAUGUCGAGCCAACGUUUAUGCUUCGGUUAACCUUCUUCAAUCUUUGGGAUUUGUGAAUUUUGCUAAAUUGCAGUUAGUACCAUCAUAUAGAUGCCAAUAUUUAGGCUUCAUUUUUGAUUCAAUGGAACCAUCCAUUGCGAUCCCCCCUUCACGUAGGGCAAAAUUAUUAGAGUUAACAACAUCGUUAGCCCGUAAGACAAGGUCUUCUAUUCGAGAAUUUGCCAGUUUUAUUGGGUCUCUCGUCUCAGUCUGCCCUGCAGUUCAAUAUGGACUGCUUUAUACAAAAAGAUUCGAAAGAGAAAAGUUCUUAGCUCUUGUCAGAAACAAGGAGGAGUACUCAGCAAGAAUGGAUAUCUCUCCACACCUCCAGGAAGAUUUCAAAUGGUGGAUCAACAUAUUUUCCAAUUCCAGGCAGGCGAAUAAGAUCCGUUCUGGCAGAUUCGUGCGAGAAAUCUUCACGGAUGCGUUUUUGAACGGCUGGGGGGCUUCUUGCCGUGAGGGGCGCACUCAUGGCUGGUGGUCUGAGGAUGAAAAGUCCCUUCACAUAAACUCGUUAGAGCUUAAAGCGGCCUUUAACGGCCUGCUGUGCUUCGCAGCGGAUCUUCACGACUGCAACAUCUUACUCCGCAUUGACAAUACCACGGCGAUAGCCUACAUUAAUAAGUUUGGCUCGAUUCAAUUUCCUCAUCUCUCUGAGAUUUCUAGACAAAUUUGGCGUUGGUGCGAGAACCGUAAUAUAUUCUUGUUCGCCUCUUACAUAUCAUCUCUAGAAAACUAUAUUGCAGAUGCCGAGUCUAGAACCUCGGAUCCUGACACGGAAUGGUCUUUGUCGGCCAUCGCAUUUCGUCGGGUGGCAAGAGCCUUUGGUCCUUUUGAUGUAGACUUGUUUGCGUCCUCAAUAAAUGCCAAAUGUGAUUUGUACGCUUCUUGGUUUCCUGACCCGGGUUUAGUUACUGUAGACGCGUUUACUUUCUCGUGGGAGAAACUAAACUUCUAUGCUUUCCCACCUUUCAUUUUAAUACCACGCGUUCUCAGAAAGAUUAUUGAUGACAAAGCAACGGGAACACUGAUAGUGCCCUGGUGGCCUUCACAGCCCUGGUCCCCACUGUUUAAUCGUCUCUGCCCCAUCAUGGAGGGCACUUUCCCUGGGGGUCGCGAAGUUAUCAGGGAGGCAUUCAGGGCCCGCCUAGUGCCAGAUACAGCAGUUCCAGCCUUACUAGCCUUCCUAUCGGAAUCGACCACCAAACAAUAUUCCUACUCGCUUCGCGCCUGGUGGCAUUUUUGCCAGCGUAAUAGGUCACCGCUCUACUCACCGUCGGUUGCUCAGAUCUUACAAUUUUUAGCUCAGGAACUACCCAGGAUCUCCUCCUAUUCAUGCCUGAAUACGACGAGAUCAGCGAUCUCCUUAAUUUCUCAGAACGAAAUCGGCAAUCAUCCCAUGAUUAAACGUUUCUGUAAGGGCGUUUCGGUACUCAGACCUCCCCGUCCGCGGUACGAUUUUGUCUGGGAUCCCGCUCCUGUGAUAGCUAAGCUAUCUUCUAUUUAUCCAUAUGAAGGAGUUUCCUUGAAAGAUAUCACCAAGAAAUUGAUACUUCUCUUAGCCCUAGCUACUGGACAUAGAGCACAAACGCUUAGCUUAUUAAGAAUUUCGCAGAUCUCGUUGGAGGAGAAGUUAAUCAUUCGCGUUCCGGAUCGAAUAAAAACUUCAGCACCGGGUCGUUCCCAACCCCUCUUCCUUUUUUCACGUUUUGCAAACCAUGAGAAUCUUUGUGUUGUUCGUCUCAUGGAACACUAUAUAGGACUUACCAGGGAGUUACGUCAUUCUACAUGCGAUUUUUUGUUCAUUUCUUUUUCUAAACCGCUUAAAGCGGUUUCGUCACAAACUAUCGGUCGUUGGAUUCACCUAGCUCUGGAAGAAUGUGGCAUAAAUACUUCUAUUUUUCUGCACACAGCACGCGACACGCCUCAACAUCUCAGGCAGCCUUAA